AUGUUAAAUAGAAGUACUUUUAGCUAAUUUUUGAGUAACCAAUUAGCUAUUAUUGUCUUUGUUGGAAUUUACUAAGUUUUGGCUUAAUCUCAGUCUGCUUGUGGUUAUGGAUGCUAAAACUGCAUCACUGACUCUCUUACACUCACUUCUAGCUGCUAAUAGUGCAAUAAUGGUUUUAACUACUAUUAAAAAGCAAAUAUAUGCAUAUACUAAAGCUGUUAAUCUAACCUUUUCUACCAACCUCUUGUGCAGAGAGACUAUUCAUCUUCAGGGAGCUGCGUUUCUAUUUGCUCUGAAUCUUACUAUACCAACUUUUAGCAGAAUAUUUGUAGUCCUUUGAAUUAGUGCUCACAAACAUAUUCUACAAAUUAAUCUUACAGCAAUGGAUAACCAAUCUAGAAAAUAGUCAACUAUAAAGGGGAUUACUACAUAUCAAUAUAUCUUGGAUUUUUGAAUAUUGUAAGCUCCUAAGAUGGCAGCUUCUAAGCCUAAAUUAGCUUCCCAAAGGGUUAUUCAUCAAUUUAUUAUUUUUUGGGAGAGUUCUACUUGCUAAUGUAAAAUGGGAGUAUACUCCAUUGGCAGAUUAACUCCAACUAUUUAUAGCUUGUUUCAUAGAUUCAGCAAGGCUAAGUAACCGUCAACAGUGUUUUGCUUAACAUCCAAAAUUAGUAUUUAAGUGCUAUAACAUUUAAUGAGGACAAUUCUAUAAUUUAUUUGACUUUUGUAGCUCAAUUAAAUAAUUCUUAAAUGGAUGUAUUUCAGUUUACGACAUAAAUUUCAAAUAAAUUGUCUAAAACUGCCAAUUAACUCUCUACAGUUAAAUUGUAUCCAUACAACUAUUAAACAGUGGAUCAAUCAUAGUUUAAUGGAAUAACUAGAUCUAGAUAUGGAGUUUAUAAAUUUCUCUCAAAUGAUUUUAAUAUAGUCAUAUAUGACUCAAAUAAUAAUUUAACUAUUUUAAAUUCUAGUCUCAAUAUAAUUUCUUAAACACCAAUUAGUUAUCUAAAUGCAAUUUAAUCAAUGUAUUCCAUACCUAGUAAUCCAAGUUGCAUAAUUUUUAUAGGUAUUUCAAAUAAUUAAAGCAAUCCGAAUCCAUAUAUCCUUUUUUAUUUUAAUACUGCAACUGGAUCAAUUACCUAAAUUUCCUCUUACGUAUUACUAUUGUAGAUUUUAGAUAUUAGCUUUGGUAGUAACUAGAGAGAUUAAUAUGUGACUAUUACUGCAGUUGUUCCACUAAGCUAUACAUUCAAAAUUUUUAGAGUGUUUUACUAUAUCAAUCUAAAUAUUAACUAUUUGGCGCUUUUGAAGUAUACACCUACAGAAAGUUUUCUAUACUAAGUUAAAAUACCUAAUUAAAUCGAAGUCAACAGCUUAUACGGAGCAUAGAGUGGGUUCGUUGGAAUAAAUUAUUUGAAUUAUCAAUAUUACUAGCAAGUUUUGAAUGUUAAUUCUAUUUCAAAAAGUGAAACAAUUAAUAAUUUAAUUUAAAGUCCCUCAAUGAAUUUAUACUUUAUAGCAACUAAUUUUACUAUUCUAGUUUAUAACCUACAUACUGACCAGCUUCUAGAGUAACUGAGUAUUAAUUCAGUUGAUUAAAUACAAGGCAUGAAUAUUUACAACAACACUUAAAUUUUAGUUUUCAACACAAUAAAAUAAUUGAAUUUAAAAAAUUAUUUGACUUCGCAAAGCUAUUAAUUAACAAACUUCGGAAACAUAACAAAUUUCGCUUAGGAUUAGUAAGGGUAGAGACUAUAUGUGUAUGGAAGUAAGUUGAGCUCAUACGAUUUAACUUUAAAGAAUUAAAUUGAUUGGUACACUUUUACAUCUAACAGCGGCGAAUAUAUUACUAAUUGCCUGCUUUCUACUUCUACUAUUGCUUGCGUUUCCUCAAAAAAUAGCUUCAUUAUUAUUAACUUAAACACUUAAAAAGUUUAAAAUUAAAUAAUGAAUUCAUUUACAGGAUAAAUAUAAUUGGCCUAAGACCCACAAAACUUAAAUUACAUUAUAUACUCAUCUAAAAUACAGGUUUAUUCAGUGUCUGGUAUAUACAUUUAAGACUUCCCUUCAUAUACAGGCGGAUUAAUUUCCUUUUUCAAUUUUUAUGGCUCAAAAAUAGUUUUGUACUCUCUUGGAUAUGUUUAUAUUUAUGAUAGAUUCCAGUAUCUUUUGAAUGCAAAUUUUCUUAACCAAGGCUCACCAGCACUAUUUUAAAGUAUUUACAUUUAAUCUUAAAAUAUCAUGCUUUACUUUUCAGAAGAAAUUCGUUAUGGUUAAAUUUAAGUCUACAAUCUUUAAUUGUUGAUUAGUCAGAAUUCAAUUUCUUCUAAUUAUGCAUAAAAUGGUAUAGGAAGAAUUAUUAAUUUUUCUUACGAUCCUGAAGGAUCUUUCUUGUAAACAAUUGACAGCUAUGGGAAUGUCAUGUUAUUUUUGGUUUAAGCUACAAUAUUAAAUGACAGUCCUUUGAAAAUUAUAGAGUUUGACGGUUAAACUCCUCCUUAGAACUAUCAGAUUGAUUUAGCCCUUAACUAAAUGCUUAUUUAUAGUCCUAAUUUGGUUUUUAAAGCAAAUUAUGCUUAAAUUGCUUAAGCAUAUGUAAGACUAUAUAAACCAAAUAAAUAUUCAUUUGUAGAAAUACCAAAUCCUUAAAACUCAAAUGGCUAAUUUAUUGUUUUAGAUACAGCAAACACUCUUUCUUACUACUCUAACUUUAAUUCCUAUAUGAUCAACACAUUUGAUAAAUAAAACCCUCUUAUGUUUAUAUAGAACAUACAACAAGAUAAUAAUUAAUUUCUAGCUCUAGUCUUCUAAAAUUAUAUUUAAAUUUAUAAUUUUAACCAAGUAAUUACUCAAGUGCAAAGUUAAUCCUAUUUAUAUUAAAUUAAUUCAGUUAAUACUGUAAAAUUCUUAACAAAUAAUACAUUUUUGCUAUCAAAUCAAACAAUUAUUCAUUAUGAUUUCAAUAAAAACAUACAGUUAAGCUCUAUAUCAUUAGGAGCACUGAAUUAUUACAAAUCUCACUUAUAUGUAGAGCAGUCCUCUUUGCUAUUUGUUGGUCUGAGUGUAGGCUAAAUAAUUAUAUACAAUUUAUAAACAUUAAAGCCAGUAAAUAUUCCUCUCUAAGACACCUCUUCUUCAGUUAUUAGUUUGAUAUUAAAUCAAGUUGGAAAUCAAGUAUUAAUUGCUUAAAAAAGUGGGAGCUUAACCAUUUGGUCUCUCAGCCAAAGCUAAGUUGCUUAAAACAUAGACUUACAGAAUACAUUUAAUUCUGUUGUAAAGUUAGGUUCUGAAUUAAAUAAAUUAUGGAUAGAUGAAUAAUUUAAAAGAAUUUUUAUCAAUUUCUAAUCAUCAACUCUCAUAAUAAUAGCAGACCUUAGUAGUUUUAACCUCAUUUAAUUUUUAUCAUUCCCUUUGAGUUAAAAUAAUUAAAUUAAAUUUACACCUUCUUUAAUUGUUCUUUAAUCAAAUGCAUAGGUAAAUUUUCAUAAUAGAACAAGCCUUUCCUUGCUCUAUUACAUAAGAAAAAACUACAGAAGAGAUUAAAUUUCAGAAAUUGCUAUUUUGGAUGAUUCCAUUUUUGUAGUUUUCAUGAUAAAAAAAAUAGAUGUAUUUCUUCUUGAUCCUAAUUCAAAUAGACCGUUUUUAAUUGAUGAACUGAUUGUUAACUUUGGAUAACUCAUGAAAUUGAGUUAUAUUGAUCCUACCUAAAAGUUUUUUUCUGUUAUUGGCUAGACUUAAAAUACAAUAUUCGAAAAUAGAUACAGCGCUUACGUAUAUCUCAAUGGCGGUUCGCCUGUAUGCACAUAAUCAAUAUCUAUUAAAGAUGCAGUUUCUGCUCAAAAGUAAUUUGGACUUACCUUUAACGCGAACAUUGUUAUAAAUUACCUGUUUUAUUUAAGUAUUUAUAACGAUUUAAAAUAUAUGGCAUAAAUCAAUCAAAAUUCAGGAUAAUUUGUUUUCAAGCCCUCAAACUAAAUUUAAAACCAAUUAAAUUUAUAUUCUAACAUAUUUACAUUUGUGUAAGGAAAUGUGACUAUGUAGAACUUCUAAUUUUCUCUACCAGUGAAUGACACACUAUAAUUUAAUGCCAAUACUUAAUUUAUAAAAUUUGAUAACAUAUAAUUGAGUAAUCAAACAAUAAGCUAAGCUUAUUUCAACUUUUCUAAUCUCCAAAGUGUUGUUAUAAACAGUCUCUCAAUAAGUAAUCUGACAAUACUACAAACAUCGGAUUCUUAAAAUGCAGGAUUAUUACAGUUUACCAAUAUUUAAACUGUAUAUAUUUAUAAUCUACAGCUUAAUUAAAUAUAAAUCAAAGACUUUAAUAGGGUUUUAUUUUCUUUCAUUAAUGUAAAAACAUUACUGAUUUAAAACGUAACUCUUAUAGGUUCUAAUUCUUACAAUUUUUUUUAAAUGCAGCAAAUAAACUAACUCACAAUUCAAAAUGCUUGGAUAUAAUAAAAUGUAGGAUUGGGAGGUUAAAAUGUGACUUAAAACUCAGUAAUUUUGCAAUUAUAAGGAUGCAUUUCCACUCUACUCCAAAAUAUAACUUUUAAUGGAAACCAAAAUUCAGUUCUAAUACAAUCAUCUAACUAAAAUUAAUAAUCUAAUGAAACAAUCAUUUACAGGAAUGAUAUAGUCUAAUUUAUAUAAAGUAUUAUAUAAAAUAACACAGAUUCGUUCUAUUAAUACAGGACAGAAUCAAACGAAGGUCUAAUUUAGCUUUAAACAUCAUUUGUCUAAUUAUCCUAGAUUACUUACUAUAACAACACAGGCAAUUUAUGGAUUUAAAAUAGUUAAAAAGUUUAGUUGACUAAUUCAAAUUUCACAGAAAAUUUAUCUUUUAAUGGAGGUGCAGUAAAAAUGCAGAACGUGCAAGGGAAAAUAAGUAUCAACUCAUGUUAAUUCUUAAAAAAUACUGCAUUAUCUUCAGGAGGAGCUUUAUUCUUAUUAGAAAUAUAGAGUAUUGAUGCUGACAUUAAUACAUUAAUCUAAUACAAUAUAGCAUUAAUUGGUGGAGCAAUAAGAUUACUGAAUAAAGUCUUACCUUAGAUGAAUUUAAAUGCAAAAAUGAAUUAAAAUUUAGGAAAUAUUUAUGGAAAUAACAUAGCAACCAUUCCUCAAUAUGUUUAAAUCAUAUAUUAAAAUCAAACUCAAAUAGUGGAAUAAUCUCAACGAAGAAAUUUACAAAAUGUUGUUAAUAUUUAAAACUUCUAAAGUGGUAGCAUUCUUUAAAUGGGAUUUUAAUUUUUAGAUUAAGAUAGAAAAAAAGUGUCAUUUGAUCCAAUUAAAAUUAAAAAACAAAUUUAUCCUUCUUCUAUAAUUUCUGAGCUCAUUUAUUAUUAAAUUUAAGUUGAAGCUCCAAAUACCACUACUAUGUAGCUUAACGGUGAUAGUUUAGUUAACUAUAAUUAAUAUUAAAAUAAUAUAACAGCAUUUUAAAUUUAAAAUCUUUAGAUUAACUCUAUGGUUAAAUCUCAAUAAAUCCUUCAAUUUGUUUUCUCUACAAACUUUUACACAGGAUAGAUUCUAAAUUUUCAAAUUCAAAUAGAUUUUAGAAAUUGUUAGAAAGGAGAAAUUAUGAAAUCAAUAUCAAAUGAAAUUAUAUAAUGUUAUGAAUGUCCAUAAAACUCGUAUUCCAUAAUUGAUCCUUCUAGUUACAAUGCAACGAAUAAUGGAGUUUGUAACAAAUGUCCUGAGGGAUCAUUAAAUUGCUUUUCAGAUUAAAUUAUUCCUAAAAACGGAUACUGGCUUCAGUAAGGAACUGACUUAGUAAUUUAUUGCUAUAAUAAUCCAAGUGCUUGUGCUCCAGAAGAUGAGUCAAGUUAAUAAGGGUGUUCUCUAGGACAUUUCGGACCACUUUGCGAAGAGUGUGAUAAUUUAGGAAAGUAUUGGAACGGAAGAAGAUUUUCUUCUUUUUUUGGUGAUUUCAAUUGUUAGGAAUGUUAAGAUAAUACUCUUCAGUAUUUUUUUGUAGUAGGAGGAUUAAUUUUCAUGGUUCUUUACUUAGCUUUCUAAACAAAGCGCUAUAUUGAUAAUCAAAAACUUAUGUAAACUUGCUUUUACUUUAGAAUAGCAAAAUUAGUUCCAUUUAGUAAAAGUUGCUUCAAAGAUUAGUCUUCUUUUCUCUUAAAAUCGCUUAUUCACUAUUUGCAGCUAUCUUCGAUAAUUUUGACUUUUAAAGUACAAUUUAAUCCAUAAACAGUUUAUUAAUCUGCAGGUCAGCCAGUUAGUAAAGUUGCUUUGAACUUUAAAUGCUUUAUGAGUUUGAAUACUCUUGCUAAAUAUUAAAUGGCUAAUAUUUAAGUACUAAUAAGAAGUCUAAUUCCUUUUACCGUCUUUUUUUGCUUGUUUUUAGUUUUGGUUUUAAUAAAACUUGUUAAAAAAUCAGCAGUUAAAAAGUAUCACUUCUUUUCUUCAAUGACAUUUUGCUUUUUAUUUUUUUUACCUGACACAAUUAAGUUCAUAACAGAUGCUCUAUCUUGUCGCUAAAUAGGAAACUAAAAAUAUUUAAAAAUAGAUGUCUCUGUCCUUUGCUCAGACGAAUCAUAUCAGAAUUUUGUUUUGAUAAUACUAAUUCCCAUCUUAGUCUUUUGGUUAGUAUUUCCAUUUGUAAUGCUGCUUUUAAUUAGAAAAGAAAGGAAAACUCUAAAUAGCUGUUUAACUAAAUUUUCUUUCGGAAAUUAUUAUGCAGAGUAUAAAGAAAGUUAUUACUAUUGGGAAUUCAUUAAAAUUUAUUUAAAAGUUAUUGUUGUCUUUUUGUAUACUUAGACUGAAUAGUAUGGCUCUUCCUCUCUUUUUUUAAUAGCAGUAAUUAUGACUGCUUACAUCAUAGCACUUUAGAAGUGCCAACCUUUUUAGAGCUCUAAUAAUUAAUUUUUUGAAAUAAUAUCUCACGGUAUGCUCAUUUUUAAUAUGAAUUUAUCAAGUCUCUCAAUGGGUUUUGAUAUUUAAAUUUUCGACUAUUUGUUAACAAUUAGUCAUCACACUUUUGUAGCUAUUCAAGUCAUAAUGAUUAUAGUUGUGAUAGCAAAAGAUGGAAGUGGAGCAAUCAAUAAAUUUGCAAUAAGAUUUAUAAAUAUUUUAAAAAUAAAUUAUCUUAUGAAAUAUUUCUAAGCAAAUUAAUAAACCAAUUAUGAAGUAUUUAGGAGGUGGAAAAAGGUUUAUGGAAAUUUAAGUCUACUUACUGAAUUAAAAGCAUUAAAUUAAAUUUCCUAGCUGUAAGUAAAGCGCCAAAACACUCCUUAAUAAAAAAAGUAAGGAGCAUAUAAUUACCUAUAAAGGCAAGUGACUUAAGCAAGAGAGAUUUCAGACUCAAUUACUAAUGGAAUGAUUACUAACAUUAUACAUUAAAGUUCUAUACAUGCAAAAUAAUUUAUAUCCCCAAGAAGUAUAUAAAAAGUAAAUAGUGAUUUAAUAGUAAACUCGUAAUUUCCAGUCAAUGUAAUAAGAUCUGGAAUAAUAGAAGACAGUCCUUCCUAAUUUUAAUCUAAUUUUUGCUUGGAACCUUUAACUUCAGAUAAGCAUAAUAAUGGUAAAUUAGUAUUAUCUCAGUACCAUCCCAAAGAAAAUUCCUAAUUUCUGCUCCAAAAUUAAGGAAGUUAAAGUAAUCGUGAUAUUUAAUAUUUUAAGACUAACUUUAUUGAGAGCCCCAGAAUGGAUAAACCUUAAGAAUAAGAAAUUUAAAGCAAAUAUGACUAAGAAUCUUCAAGUAAAAAUGACUAAGAACCUCAAAACGAGUCAGAAAUUGAUAUCGAAUAAGAAAAUCAAACUAACUCAUGUUCACCAGUUUAGAAUCUAAAAAUGCAAUACUUUAAAACAAUAAAAAAAUGA